GCUGGCACCCAGCUGCCACCUUUGGCUAUUGAACAUAAACUGAAGAACGUUGUAACAAAAACUAUCGAGUUUGAAGCCAAGCACAGGGAAUGUGUGCGUGUAUUACCAUACUCAGACGGUGGUCAUGCAAAGGUUCACUUUUAUGUCUUAAGUCAAUUUUAUAGUGGUAAGUCUGGUGUACCACAAAAGUUAAAAGCUGCCGCUCAGAAAUGCUUUGGAGACAAUGACGUGACCAAAAUAUUGAAGGCUCCCCCGAUUGAGUUUUCCUCUGGAAAACCGAAAAGAUUGAAUGAAUCUCAAGUUUAUGAUAUCAAUGAAACAAUAAAGAGAAACCUUCAUGUUCUUGUCGGACAUCACAACAUCACCGCCGUUCAAGCCUCGUUUAAAAUCACAAAGUCUCAGCAGACGACACAGCCUUGUAUUGCAAUUUAUGUUCUUCGUAAAGGCUUCAUCCCUGACGGUGAGUUUCCGUUGCCACUCAGACUUGGUUCUUACCCUGUUGAUGUUGUGGAUGGAUUUUGGCUCAGAGUGAGCCAGAAUGGACCCUGGACCCCCAACAAGGCACAGAAGCAGAGCAAGGUGCUUAAACUAGGAGCAAGCAUUGGCGUACAAGGAAUAGAAGCAUCUGGAUCUUUGGGUGCCAUUGUGGAGGCCGAUGGGAAUUUUUAUGCCCUGUCCUGUGAUCAUGUAAUGAAAGACCCGCUAGAAUCGAAGAUAAUUCACCCUGCACUGAAUGACCAUCUCAACUACCUCAACUAUCACCUACAGGAAUAUGGAAAGAGGAUAACGCAAAUCUUAAAACGCGAAAGUGUGUCUGAUCUAGAAACCCACUUUUUAUUUGACAUCCUUAGAACGGAGUCAGAGUUGUUAGAGAAAUUUCAAGAAUUAAAAUCAAUGAAAGAAAACCACCGCGACCCAGAGAGAGCGAAGGAGAAAAAGCUAAAGAAUUUAGAAAUGCAUGAAAAAGCCUUAGAGAAAGGUUUUAGGGAACCCAGAGUAAUUGGAAGGUACGUUGCUGGUGUCUCCCGAAAUGUGAGAUGGACCAAUGGCCAAGAGUAUUAUAUCGAUGUUGCUAUUGCUCAGUUGACUUCAGAUGAAGUAAACAAGUUAAGAGAUAGUGAGACAGUGGAAGUGAUUGGAACAGGAGAUAUCCCAAGCGGUGAAUGCAGUGAAAGAGUUCAAGCCCAAGGCGAGCUGUGUAAAAGUGGCCGAACCACUGGUUACACCCGUUCAGGCCGCCACGAAGAUCCAUCAAUAUUUGCUAAAUCUCCCUUGUAUGAGGUGAGUGCUCAAAAUAGGCAAUUGAUGGAUGUGUUGCGACGAGUUAAACUCUGUCACAGUUGCACCAUGAGGUCUGGUGUUAGCGAACGCCUGACGCCUUCUGGUUCUUUUUGUGAUUCCUGUACAGUUGACACACGAACUCUUUCUGAGAGGCUUUGGAUGAAGAACUGCUUAUGCGUAGACCGUCCAGGCGAUAUAUUCAGAGAAGGCCAGGCAUUCUCAGCUGAAGGAGAUUCUGGAGCGGUGCUCUUUGAAAAAGUUCCAAAAAAAGAUCUUCUAGGUUUUGGCAUUAUUUUUGGCGAGUUUGUUUCUCCAGUUCAAGUUUAUACCUUAGCUUCACCUUUGCGUGUUGCUCUGGAAGUAUUAUCCAGAGAAUUAUAUGACAACGCCAAUUUAAGAGUACUUUCAAACUAUAAUGACUGA